AUGGAGCGAGGGCAAGGAGGGAAUGGCAGAGCAAUCCGAAGGCAAGUACUAUCGCUCUUACUAUUGUCGGUUUCCUACCGGGCCGUCUCGGAACAGAUUCAUUAUUCAGUCCCCGAAGAGAUGUCAAAAGGUGCUGUAGUGGGGAAUCUUGCAAAGGAUCUAGGACUGAGUCUCAGAGAACUGACAAAUCGCAAAAUGCAUGCCAUCUCUUUGGAUGAGGUGCAGUAUUUCAGAAUCAGUGCAGAAAAUGGAAACCUCUGUGUGAAUGACAGGAUAGAUAGGGAAGAAAUAUGUGGCAGAACCCCACUAUGUGUUCUUAAUCUUAAAGUGGUUAUUGAAAACCCGUUAAAUAUUUACCAUCUAAAAAUAGAGAUACAAGACAUUAAUGAUAAUUCACCACAGUUUCUCAGUAGCACUAUCCAGUUGGAGAUAAUUGAAACAACACAAAUAGGCACCAGGUUCCUUCUUGGGGAUGCCAAAGAUCCGGAUAUUGGCACAAACGCUUUACAGAAUUACCAUCUUAGCACCAAUCCUUACUUUACUUUGGAUGUGAAAGAGAGUCAAGAUGGAAAUAAAUUUGCAGAUUUAGUACUGCAAAAACCACUCGAUCGUGAGAGUGAACCAACCCUUCAGCUCACACUUACUGCGCUGGAUGGGGGAAAACCCAGAAAAACUGGAACAGCCCAAAUAUGGAUCAAUGUCACCGAUGCCAAUGAUAAUCCACCUAUAUUCACCCAAGAAAUCUACACAGUCAGUCUGAGGGAAAACCUGCCAGUUGGAUUCCUUGUGUUGCAACUUGUAGCUUCAGAUAAAGAUGAAGGUUCAAAUGCACAAAUCAGAUAUUAUUUCAGCAAUAUACCGCUGAGUGCAAAUAAGAAAUUCAGCCUAGAUUCAACCAGUGGAAUGAUUUCUCUUGUGGAACCAUUGGACUUUGAGGAAAGUACAGAAUAUGUAAUGACUGUAGCAGCAAAAGAUGGAGGUGGAUCAAUGACCCAUUGUAAAGUAGAAGUAAAAAUCCUUGAUGAAAAUGAUAAUGUGCCAGAAAUGAUGUUUGCAUCCAUUUUUAAUUCAAUUCUGGAAGAUUCUCAGACUGGAACAGUUAUUGCUCUAAUUAAAACCAAUGACAAAGACAUGGAUGAUAAUGGAAAGGUCAUUUGUUAUUUAGAAGAUGACUUGCCAUUCAAGAUUCUUCCAUCAUCUGACAACUACUACACUCUCUUGACAGACCGACCUCUGGACAGAGAAAAAGCAUCUCAGUAUAAUAUUACAAUCACAGUCACUGACAAGGGAACUCCUCCAUUAAGCACAAACAAAACCAUCUUGCUGCAGAUCUCUGAUAUCAAUGACAAUGCCCCUGCUUUUGAGAAAGCGUCCUACAGCAUCUAUGUGCCAGAGAACAAUCCUUCUGGUGCCUCCAUCUUCCAGAUUCAAGCCUUUGAUCCGGAUGUGGAUCAAAACUCACACAUCACAUAUUCAAUUCUCACCAGCAACAUUGAAGAACUUCCCAUCUCCUCCUAUAUCUCCAUUCAUUCCGAGACCGGCACCAUCUACGCCCAGCGGUCCUUUGACUAUGAGCAGUUCAGGGAAUUCCAGCUGCAGGUGAAGGCCCAAGAUGGCGGGAGUCCCUCUCUCAGCAGCAACGUCACAGUCAGGGUGUUUAUCCUGGAUCGGAAUGAUAACAGCCCCCAAAUCCUGUCCCCUUCACCAAACUCCAAGGACUCUGCCUUCUUUGAGAUGGUCCCUCGUUCAGCCGAGGCAGAUUAUCUGGUAACAAAAGUGGUGGCCGUGGAUGCUGAUUCCGGACACAACGCCUGGCUCUCCUACCAGCUGAUUCAAGCCACAGAACCAGCCCUCUUCACUGUUGGCUCCCAUACGGGUGAGAUCAGGACAGCAAGAACCUUUAUGGAGAGAGAUGCCUUUGAAGUGGUGAGUGCAAACCCCAUGGACAUAUUUUAUAUAACAGUAGAGAUCCAGGAUAUUAAUGAUAAUGCACCACAUUUCUUAAAUGGUGAUAUCAAGUUAGAGAUCAGUGAAUCCUCUUUACCAGGAGCCACAUUUCUUCUUGAACAAGCAGAAGAUCCUGAUAUUGGAACAAAUUCCCUCCAGGACUAUCAUCUAAGCAUUAAUGAGAAUUUCAUACUUGAAUUUCGACAGGCGGAAAAUAGAAAACAAUAUCCAAAAUUAGUGCUAAAGAAACAGUUAGAUCGUGAAAGUGAAAGCAGUAUUAAUUUAACACUUACAUCUGUUGAUGGUGGUAAUCCAACAAAAACUGGAACAGUCAAAAUAUGGAUCAGGGUCAUUGAUGCCAAUGACAACCCACCCAUCUUCAGUCAAGAAUUCUAUAUGGCCAGCCUCAAAGAGAAUGCAUCAAAGGGAUCUACUGUAAUACAAGUCAAAGCCACAGACAAAGAUGAAGGUUCCAAUGGCCAAAUCAACUAUUUCUAUAGAAAUAUUGCUGAUUAUGCUCAUCGGAAAUUUGACUUGGAUUCAGAACAGGGAUUUAUAUCAAUUCACGAAGAGCUAGAUUUUGAGGAAACAGAGAAGUAUACCAUAGCAGUAGAAGCAAGGGAUGGAGGUGGAUUAGUAGCACACUGUAAUAUUGAAAUAACGCUAUUAGAUGUAAAUGACAAUGCCCCAGAAGUGAUUCUCGCCUCCUCAUCCAGAGAAAUUCCGGAAAACUCUCCAAUAGGAACAUUGGUAGCCCUCAUCAAUACAAAUGAUAGAGACUCAGGGGAUAAUGGAGAGAUCAAUUGCCAUUUAGAGAAUGCUUCCCCAUUCAAAAUAGUAUCAGCAGCUAAUAACUAUUAUAAGCUUCUGACGAAUGGCCCCCUAGACAGAGAAAGCACCCCAGGGUACAAUCUUACAAUCACAGCCACAGACAACGGUACGCCCCCUCUUUCUACACAGAAAACCAUCUCACUAGAGAUUUCAGAUAUCAACGAUAAUGCCCCUGCCUUUGAGAAAUCUUCAUACAGUGUCUACGUGGCAGAGAACAAUCCUGCUAGCUCCUCCAUCUUCAGCAUCAAAGCUGUAGACCCCGAUCUUGGUCGCAAUGCUAGGAUCACCUUCUCCAUCCUCACUAGCAAAAUAGAGGCGCUACCUCUCCCGUCUUACCUCUCCAUUAACUCAGAAAGUGGCACCCUCUAUUCUCAGAGGUCUUUUGACUAUGAGAAUCUGAAAUUUCUUCCAUGCUUUGCUCCCAUUCCCCAUUCAAGCAAUGCCAUUAUAUUCCCACCAAAUUAUGAGGAAGGAACUAUUCCUUAUUCCUAUCAGCUCUGCUUAUCCUCUGAGUCCAAGAUACAUGAAAUUACUUUUCCAACUCCCAAAGUUCAAACUGCUGAAUAUAUUUCAUGCAACCAAAAAUAUGAUGUGCUUUUGGCGAGCAAUGCAACCAAUAUCCCAAAUUCUGAGAUGGAGCAAACUAAUUUGGUGAGUUUUUUUUAUUAGUACUGACUUUGUAG